AUGGCACCAUUGAGAAUUACCGUCGGAGGCUCAUCGUCCAUCACUCGACAGCCUGAGCGUGGAGUUCUGAAUCUCACUGUGAACGGCGAGGGCAGCACGCGCGAGACCGUUUCCAACAACGUGACCGAGACUUCCAAUGAGCUAAGCAAGCUCUUCAGAGAGCUCUCUCCGAAGCCCGAAGCCUUGGACUCGUCUCCGGGGGCAGCUGUGGUGAGUUUCUCGUCCACUUCUCUUCGCACCUGGCGCUGGAGACCCUUAGAUGGUGCCAAAAAUUUCCAAGACUUGGAGCAUCGUGGCAAUCUGUCAUUUGUCGCUGUUUUCCGUGACUUUACCAAAAUGAGUGAGGUCGUUGGUAAACUAGUGGGAUAUGCCAAUGUCGAUAUCAACUCGAUAGGCUGGGAACUGACCGAUGCCACUAAAAAAGCAUUGAGCUCCGAAUCCCGCAAGGAGGCUAUGCGUGAUGCUGUUCAAAAGGCGAAUGACUACACUGAAGUCAUCGGGCGUAAGGUGGCCGCAGUGGAAAUCGAAGAUGGGGGUAAUUCCUCUUUCGGCAUACUGUCGCGGAGGCCACCAGGUCUGUUUGGUGGAAAUUCAGGAGGUUUGUUCGGGGGUAGACAGGACGACAGCCGGUCUGCAGCGAGAUGCGGUGGAUCCCUGUUUGGUAGUGCUAACAAUGCCCCAGCCUUGGUCCCCGAACCCCCUACACCACUGGACCUCACACCACAGCAAAUCCAAUACACCAGCUCUGUGCGGGUCAUAUUUGAGUCUGUCUCAGAUGAAUGA